AUGACAGAUCAUAAUAACUCCGAAAAAUCGAAUGAAAUUGCCAUAGAAAAUGAACAAGAAGAGACAAUUGCCAAGGAUCUGGAUGGUGUAUCGGUCAAUGAGACAAUACCAAUAGUGCAACCAGAGAAUGACGACGAACAACACCAUGAAGAAGAUCAUACUUCAAUAGAAGAGGUUGAGGUUGAGGCUGAGGCCGAGGAAGAGGAAGAAGACGAGGAACCACCUACGUUAAAAUAUACUAGGUUGAAUAAAUUACCGGCUAAUUUUUUUGUUAAAGACCCAGUCUCCACCUGUACAUUUCAUGAAACAGUAUUUAUAUUUGCCACACAUUCAGGUAUUAUUCAUAUUUGCAAACCCAACUUUGAAGCAAUAAGAACAUUCAAAGCCCAUAGAGCGUCUGUCUUAUCAGUUUUUACAGAUGGUACGUACUUUGCCACUGCAUCAAUGGAUGGAACAGUUGUAAUUGGGUCAAUAUUAGACGAGAAGGAUAUUGUGGCCUACGAUUUUCAACGACCUGUGCAUGCUGUUGUAUUGGAUAGCAACUACAAUAAAACAAGAAGUUUUAUCAGCGGAGGGAUGGCUGGACAGGUGGUUUAUUCUAGUAAGGGUUGGUUGGGGAAACGAUCAGACAUUGUUUUGGAGCAGGGUCAUGGCCCCAUUGUGUCAAUCCAAUUGAUUGAUGAUCUAGUUUUAUGGAUGAACGAUAAGGGAAUUAGCGUAUUUUAUUUAGCCACAAGGCAGAUUAUAUCCGUAUUGGAAAAACCAGAGGACUCCCCUCGAAGCGACCUAUAUUGGCCACGCGUGGCGUUUCCUGACCCAGAUAGAUUGAUUAUUGGAUGGAGCAAUUACGUGUGGUCUCUUAGAGUGUCUUUGAAAACGGCUCUGGAUGAAAAAGAAGGAACAACAAUCUCAUCUGGAAUGAGUAAGAUUUUACCCUCGACUGCAAGUAUUUCAUUUAGAGCUGUUCAAGAGAAAAAAGUGGAGGUUGAACAUGUUUUCAAGUUGGACAGUUUGAUAUCAGGAAUUGCAAGUUUCAAAGAUGAUUUGUGGAUGGUAUUGGCAUAUACACCCCCAGAAGUGGAUACUGAAACAGGCAAGAAAACAUUUUUCAACCCCGACUUGAAGUUGAUUAAUUCUACCACUGGCGAAGUAGAACUCGAAGAAGAAUUAGGAUUGAAGGAAAUUGCUAAUCUUGGAUUAAAUGAUUUUAUGUUGGGGACACACAUUGGCACAAUACCCAAAUACUAUAUUAUUAGUGCCAAAGAUGGAGUUAUAGCUGAAGAAUUUCAAAUUAGCGAUCGUCUUUCAUGGUAUUUGGAUAAAAAAGAUUAUUUGCAAGCAUGGGAAAUUAGCCAGCAUUUAGUGACUCCCACAAAAAGAUUGAGCUAUGGGAUACUUUACGUAGAUCUGCUAAUUGAAGAAGAUAACUGGGAGGAAGCAGCGACAUUUUUGAAACGUUUGUUAGUGAUCCAAAACCCCACGAAUGAAAUCAAAAGCAUAACGCAAACCAGUACAGAAUCAAAUGAAGAAGAUUUGAACAAAGAUAUUUUGGAUUAUUGGGAAACUUGGUCUACUAUAUUCAUCAAUAGUAACCACGUACAAGAACUAACGGAUAUAAUACCAAAUGUUCCAGGGAUGUUACCAGCAAGUAUAUAUGACACAAUUCUAAGGUUUUGGUUAAAGAAAGAUGUCAAUCAAUUUAAAACUUUGAUUGAAUCAUGGGAUCCCGUGCUAUACAAUAUUUCUAAAAUUACGCCAGAAUUAGAAUUAGAAGCUAAAGAAAAUCAAGUUCUUGAACGUUCACUUGUUACAUUAUACGACAAAUCGCAGAACCCGUCAAAGGCAGUACCCCAUUUGAUACAUUUGAGGGAUCCUAAUAUAAUUGAAUAUUUGUCCAAUAAUCAUACUUUGGUAUCUUUUGUGUCCGACUUACCCGUGAUGAUAAAUUUAAUGUUCCAAAAAGGAGAUUUAGAGACAUUACCAAUAUCAAAAAUUGAAAAGAGGUUGAAGGGUGUAAUUUCUAUUCUUGCCGAUCACAGAUUAGAAAUACCUGCUAAACAAAUUGUAAAUUUAUUUUAUGAGUCGGGAUUGUCCUUUGUCAGUUUUUUCUAUUUGGAAAAGUUGGCUGAAAUUGAUAGUUUCUUGGUUGAAGGUUUUGGCAAUGAACGUGUUAAACUAUAUGCUGAUUACAAACGAGAAAAAUUGUUACCGUAUUUGACAAAGAACGAUGAUUAUGAUAUAGAUACAGCAAUUACAAUCUGUGAGACCAACGAUUAUAUUAAAGAGUUGGUUUAUUUAUUGGGUAAGAUUGGUGAAAACAAACAAGCUUUGACAUUAGUGAUAAAUAAACUCGAGGAUCCUAUUAUGGCGAUAGAGUUUGCUAAGCAUCAAAAUGAUAAAGAAGCUUGGGAUAUAUUACUUGAUCAAUCAAUGUCAAAACCAAAAUUCAUCAAGGCACUUAUUGAAAGUUCGGACGAAUCAUCAAAUACAUUUUAUGAUCCAAUAACCAUAUUACAGAGAAUGCCCCAAGAUUUUAAAAUCGAAGGGUUGAAUGAAUCUGUUAUUGAAUUUUCUAAAAACAACGAUUUAAACAUGUUAUUGAAUCAAAUAAUUUUGAAGAUUAUAUAUAAACAAUCUCAAGAGACAUCAGAAGAGUUUAAAUCACAAAAGUUGAGAGGGGUUGAGGUCGAAAUAGAUAAGAAAAUCAAAAAGAUGAUACAACAAUUUCAAACAAUUGUGGCCUUUGUACGUGAUGAUAACGUGAAAGGUGGACCGAAAGUGGUUGACAUAAAAUUAGAGUCUGAGCUCACAAGUGAUUAUUCAAUGGUACCUUACAAAGAUUUGGCACAUAAAUUAGAUCAUUUACGAGAAAUAGAAGAGAACUAUUUUUGA